UUGCGCACUGGGCCCGGGCGCGCGGCGGCUCGGGCUUUGUGUGUGUGUGUGUGUGUGAGUGUGUGUGUGAGUGUGAGUGUGAGUGUGUGAGUGUGUGCGCGCGCGUGUCUGUGUGUGUGAGUGCGUGUGUGCGCGCGUGUGCGUGUGAGUGUGUGCGCGAGUGAGUGAGCGGGCGCCGCGGAGCGAGCGGACCCGGCGGGCGCGCUCCCCAGCCUCUUUCUCCGCCAGAACCAUGUCGGGCAGGUCGGUUCGAGCCGAGACCAGGAGCCGGGCCAAAGAUGAUAUCAAGCGGGUCAUGGCGGCGAUCGAGAAAGUGCGCAAAUGGGAGAAGAAGUGGGUGACCGUGGGUGACACGUCCCUGAGAAUCUACAAGUGGGUCCCUGUGACGGAGCCCAAGGUUGACGAUAAAAACAAAAACAAGAAAAAGGGCAAAGAUGAGAAGUGCGGCUCGGAGGUGACCACCCCGGAGAACAGCUCCUCGCCCGGCAUGAUGGACAUGCACGAUGACAACAGCAACCAGAGCUCCAUCGCCGACGCCUCCCCCGUCAAGCAGGAGAGCAGCAGGAACUCGAGCCCCGCACCCGAGCCCACCCCCGCCGCGCCCGGGGACGGCGCUGAUGCCAAGGCGGACGAGGCGCAGGCCGAGGGCAAGGAGCUCCCCGGGGUGGAAGAUGCGGCGGACGAGCAGAACUCGCAGUCCUCCAUGGAGCACUCCACCAGCUCCGAGAAGGUGGAACGGCAGCCGUCGGGGGACGCAGGACUGGCCGCAGAGACGCCAGCAAUCGCUCAGGAUCUGGAGGGGGUGCCGCCCUCUAAAAAGAUGAAGCUGGAGUCUUCGCAGCCCAGCCCCGAGGAGAUGUAGGCGCCCGGGCCCCCCGCCGAGCCCUCGGCCCGCCGCCAGCAGGCCACACUCUCGGACAGCGUCGCCCGGGCCAGCCUCAAAGGUGCGAACAGAACUGCUAACUUCCGCGUCGACCACAUGCGAGGCCCGGGCCCCGCCGGCCGUCUCCGGCGCUGAGGAACUUCCUUCAGGAGGGCCGCGCGCCCGGGAAGCCAAGCCCCCCAUUUGUGUUGCUGCUGUGUUUUAUUUUCCACGUCUGUCGGACGGUAGAAGCUGUGGAGGGGGGGUGCCCGUCGGGGACCCCGCUUCCCCGGGGCUCCUUGCCGGCCCCUGUCCUUCCGCUUUCUUUUUUUGUGCCUUGUGCCCUUGAGGUGACCUCUGGCAUGUUUUCCUGGUCCUUUUGCGUCUCCCUUUGCAAAGUGCCCACUGGGUCAUGUUUCCGAGGGGAGCGGGGCUGGCCUGGAGGAGGGAAACCCCCCCCCGCAGGCUGCUGAUCCCCCAGCUCGGGGUGAGGGGCUGAGGGGGCUCUGAUGUCAGGACACUGCCCUUCCUGGGGGGUCUCAGGCUCGCCCCCCCAGACGAGCAGAGCCGGUAGAAUGUUCUGGCCCUCCCACCCUUGACCCCUGCCGGAUCAGUUUCUUCCACCGCGCCGGACACGCUGGCUUCUCAGGCUGCCUCGGGGCUGUCUCCUGAGGACGCCCGAAGGGCUGGGAGGCCACUGGCUGCCCCCCAUGUCCCCCACACCUGCGGGCAGACCUCCAGGCCCCAGGGAGAGGCGAGGCUCCUGCCUGCCCCACUGCCCGCCACCCGGCUGUUGUCGCCGACCCGGAGGGGCCCCUUUGGACAGACGUCGCCCUGUUCGGUUCCGGGGUCUGCUUUGCUCUUAAUUCCUCUGGAUCCUCGGACCCUUCUCUCUGCACUGGAGCCCCCACUCCCCUGGAGUCAGCGGGGCGCGGGUUUGGUUUGUUAAUUGGUGCAUAUUCAGGUACCACCUUGGAGUGUGACUCUAACGGCCACCAUCACAGGAAGCGGCUGCCAGAUCUGGUUUCCUAAGAGUUGCCAAGGGCACGGCUGUGAUAUUUUUUGGGUUUUUUUUUUUUUGAAGGGAGCCAGUCUAGUUCCUGCACUUCAAGAAUAAUCAAAUUGUUCCUGAAUUUCAAAUACCUCAUGCAAAAAAAAAAAAAAAAAGUCUCCUAAAAUAAGGGAAAAAAAAAAAAACUUUGAGAAUCUCGAGGUUGGCACGGCCGAAAGGUUUCUGUCUUU